CACCGAGCUGCUGCUGUUCCCUAGACAAGCCUGAGGUACAACGUGCAGCCCACACAGGAGAAGGCGCCCUUCCAGCUCCGUGUGUACACAAUCCCAGAGGUGUGUGUGGACUCCAAGGCUCACAAGGUCUUUGACAUUGGCAUAAAUGUCAGUUACACAGGGGAGCGCAAUGUCUCCAACAUGGUGAUAGUUGAUGUGAAGAUGCUGUCAGGAUUCGUCCCCUUGAAGUCCUCAGUGAGGAAGCUGGAAGGCCACCCUGUUAUUGAGCGCACAGAGCUGAAUACCAAUCAUGUUCUACUAUACCUGGAAAAGCUGGGCAGGGAGAGCCUCAGCUUCUCCUUCACGGUGGAGCGGGACAUCCCCGUGCGGGGCCUGAAGCCAGCCCAGGUGAAGGUCUAUGACUACUACGAGACAGAUGAGUUUGCCACACAGGAAUACAGCGCUCCCUGCACCACAGAGGCAGUAGACCAGGGAAAUGAUUGAAGAACACUCCCAGAUGCAGGAACCCGCCUGCCUCACCACCACCACCACACAGUGUGACAGAUUAAUAAUGAUCACAUGGAAUGGAAAGUGAACUUUACAAAUAAAUUAACUGUACUCACCAAUUAUUUUUGAACAGUUUGUUUCCGCUUCUGAUUUUUCCUGCUCAUCUUUCAGCCAUAGCUUUAAUCUCCCUGGCUUCUUAGGUUAAAGUGUAACCCAUCUAACAAUGCUUGUGUGCAGGGAAAUAAGGCUAACAAGUGAGGGAAAAAAAGAGGGCAGAAUGAUGUAAGUGGGGGUCAGCCCUUCUAAUAUAUCUGUCUCUGUGUUAUGUUCUCUGAACUUAUCAUCUGAGAUGCAGUCUAAUCAAUGGAGCAGGAUAGAUAGUUCUUGGGAAAAAUUUCUCUCCCCUGGCUUACAAACCAUAACCUCUACUGAACUGGUCUCUGCAGAGGCCUGUCCAUGCCUACCACCAUUAUGCAGUGUGGAAGAUCAACUAAUAUUACAUGAAAAUCGUCCUCUGUGACAUUCCCUGUAGACACCCCUCCUGGGAUUGUUUCUUGUUUGUAGAAGAGCAGGAGGGGACAUAGUCUGCCCUCUUCAACGAUCAGAGAGUGCCUGGGGGUCAAGAGGGUUGUGUGCGUGCGUUAUGCCUUCAGCUGCUAACUUACAGUGGCUUGUUCUCCAGCUGAAGCUUGUGCCUUCUUGUGGAAAUUUCCAUUAUCUCAUGUCUGCUGCUUCUGGGAGAUUCCCAAGGAGCAGCUAAUGGCAUUUGCCACUAACCUACCUGCCUAAGUCUAGUUUAAAUGAUACAUUCAUUUAAAUCAUAUAGGUGCUUUGAUAAAAUUGUCUACAGGCCUCUUAGACACCUCCAGGAAUGAUCCCCCUUUCUCGUUUUGUCUUGUGAAUUUGUGGUUUUAACUUUUGAAUGCAAAAAAAUCUUACGUGACUCUUUGUUCUCAUGAAAUGCUUAUUGUAAGGUAUGGCAUGUUGUGCAUCCAAACUAUGCACAGUUGGCUCUUCCAUCCAAUUUUUCAUUUAAUAUGCCUGUACAAACAGUGUCAUUGAGAGCAAAUAAAAUUCUUCAUCUAUUUUGCUAGAUAUUAAUAUUA